GUGCAUCAUUACUAGCAUCGUUUUCAAUAUGACGAAAUUCAUGGUUGCCAGGCGUUGCCUGGAGGUGGCCACCGAUACGCUCAGUUCGACUGCCAGCACACUCACGCCCCGGUUAAAUGUGUCAUCUUCCUGGCGGAAUCAUCUCUACCUUCUUCGCUUGCGGCCACAUUCGUCCCGUUUGGCCGCCCGCAGUUACACCUCCCAGGCCGACAAUCGUAAACCGGCGACCAAAGACUUUGACGACGGUGAUCGUCCACCGCUCGAUCCGGAAGCGGUACAUGCGGAUCUGUUGCGCCGGUUAACGAAGUUGUACGAGCAGGAGGUGGCCCGGCAGUUGAUUGUGCCACCAUUUAAGCGUGCACUGCUGUACGGUGAGAAAGCGGCCAUCCGUGACCAGGCAGGAGAUUUUAGCUUCAUCCAGCUGUACGAAGCGGUUAAACGACUUGCGGCACAAAUAUCAAAAUGUUGUGGUAGCGCUUCCCAAUCGCGAGUGGCAUUCCUUUGCCCCAACAAUAUUACAUACGUGAUCAGCCAGUGGGCAUGUUGGUUUUCGGGACAAGUUGCUGUCCCGUUAAAUGCCAAAUAUCCGGCCGAUCUGCUCGAGUACUACAUCAAAGAUUCCGAUGCAUCCCUGCUGCUGACGACGCCGGAAUUUCUUCCCCUAGCGGAACCAUUGGCCGCAAAGCUGCAGAAACCCUUGCUGGUCGUAAAUCACGAGCUGAUCAAUGCAAACGGACCGACCAAUGGUGACACACCGUCACCACCCGUGGCGGACAUUUCCUACCUAGAUCCACGGAGAGAAAAUUUACUCCAGCUCAACGAUACGCUCGUGGUGGAAAGUGCCCUUAAUGGGGAGUUCUAUCGCGAUGCCAAUGCGCUGAUCCUGUACACAUCCGGGACGACGGGUAAACCGAAAGGUGUGGUGCUUAGUUACGCCAACCUAGAUGCCCAGCUGAACGCUCUGUCCCAUGCGUGGCAGGUAAGUGCGGCCGAUUCCGUGCUGCACACACUUCCACUGAACCACGUGCACGGUACGAUCAAUGCACUUAACUUGCCACUUGCGGUUGGGGCGAAGUGCGUUAUGCUGCCCAAGUUCGACAGCAGCAGCGUGUGGAGCUAUCUGCUAAACGUGAACAUGACCACCAAGGAGCGGGUGAACGUGUUUAUGGGUGUGCCGACCAUGUACGGCCUACUGAUCCGCGAGUACGACAGUGUGUUUGGCAAGAAUGCGCGCAUGUGCGAUUACGUGAAGACACACUGCAAGAACAAGAUCCGGCUGAUGAUUUCCGGUUCGGCGCCAUUGCCAGGGAACAUCUUUGAUCGCUGGAAUGAAAUCACUGGCCACCGGUUGCUGGAACGGUACGGCAUGACCGAAAUCGGUAUGGCCAUUUCGAACCCUUACCUGCAGGAUGGCGAAUGGCGCUGCCGAAAGCAGGGUUGCGUCGGUAUGCCAUUGCCCGGGGUUAGUGUGCGCAUUGUAGAACCCGAAACUGGACGGCAGCUUACGUUGGAGGGCCGGGAAAAUGAAGGCAUUUGGCAGACGUCAGCAGCAUCGGCGGAGAAGCCGCCGGCGCUCCCGGAGGAAUCUAUUGCCGGAGCACUGUACGUGAAGGGAAGUUCGGUAUUUCGUAGCUACUGGCAAAAGCCACAAGAAACAGCGUCCGAGUUCGACUCGGAAGGUUGGUUCCGGACGGGUGAUACAGCACAGUACGAACAGGGCACGAUACGCAUCCUCGGCCGCACCUCGGUCGAUAUAAUCAAAUCCGGUGGCUUUAAGCUGUCGGCGCUCGAGAUCGAAACGGCACUGCACGAACAUCCGGACACGAGCGAUGUGGCGGUACUCGGUUUGCCGGAUGAAACCUGGGGCCAGCGGGUGGUGGCCGUUAUCAGUUUGCCCGACCAACAGCAGCCACCAGAAUCGUUCAGCAUUCCGAAGCUGCUCGUCUGGCUGGAACAGAAGCUACCCAAGCAAGCCAUCCCGAAGGAGGUGCGAAUAGUGGAGGAAAUACCGCGCAAUGCAAUGGGCAAGAUUAACAAACGGGAGCUAAUUGAACGAUUGUACAGUGCGACGACACCACCGAGGAGCGACACAGCCAGCAAAGAACAAGAACAGAACGUUGACAAACCCUAA